UCAUAAUAACGACACAUGACGGAUGAGCCGGGUCAGACCCGGUUUAUUAAAAUAUUUGUGAACCACGUUCCGGUUUAUCGUUACUCCACACACACAAACCUAAAACCCUAUUUCUCUCCGUGUAUCGGCCAUCAUAAAAUAACUAGGGUUUUGGAUUUCGUCAGUGAAUCUCUGUUUUUGGAGUUCAGAUACAACUCUUUUUCCACUCUUGUUCUGAACCCACAGAGAACUCUGAUAAAUAUGGCUGCGAAGAACAAUAUACCAACCCCAGUAGACAGAGAACAGAUCUUUGGUAUGGCAGAAAAGGAGAUGGAGUAUAGGGUUGAAUUGUUCAACAAGCUUACCCACACAUGUUUCAAUAAGUGCGUAGAGAAACGGUACAAGGAAGCAGAGCUAAACAUGGGUGAAAAUAGUUGCAUCGAUCGUUGUGUUUCAAAGUAUUGGCAGGUGACCAAUCUCAUUGGACAGCUGCUUGGUUCCAAUCGGCCUCCAAUGUGAAUUUUUUUGCAUACUAAUCAAAUUAAGCAAUAUUAGAAGAUUGCUGCCAAAGAAAAGCAGGAGAUUUUAGUUAAUUACUUCGUUCCUGCCUUGGAUACACGUACCUUAGUUGUUUUCAUUUUGUUGUUAAUGUAUGACUUCAAAUUAAUGGGUUACUAUUGCAAGAUGUUGCUAUGGGUUGGAAUAAAAUUGGCCAUGAAAUUCACAAUACACAAAAAUUGUUGGACCUGCUUGUACGUAAGGUGUAAAUUGAAAAUUUUGAUUUCUCAUCGUAGGGCUUAUGCAUUGGCUUCUUCAAGGAACGAAGAACCGAAGUUAUGUCAAGAUAUGCCUUUUGGUUUUUCUCAUGUUUCCAUUCAAUGCUGCUAUCUUUUCUUGGAACUUCGUUUUAUGAUUAAUGAAGUUCUUUUCCUUUGUCAAAAAAUAAUAAAUAAAAAACCGUGUCAUCACUGAUUUGAUUUGAUUU